AUGUCAUUCAGUGCUGCUGCAUCAUACAGUGCUGCUGUCAAGAGACCAGUUGAGCCAGUUGGCCCAUAUUUCCUUGCGCACGCAACCAGAACUUUAAAAGGCCACUCAUGGUCUGAAUAUGAACAAAUUGAAGCAUCCAAGAACGUUGUUAACGUCGAAGAAAGAGAUGCUGAUGAAGAUCUCUUUGACGCUGAAAUAUCAGACCCAGAAUUGUUGUCUCAUGACCCAAGAGACUGGAAGUCGUGUGAUUUAUAUGCUGCAUUAGGUUUGUCAAAGUUGAGAGUCAACGCCACUCCAGACCAGAUUGUCAAGGCUCACAGAAAGGCUGUUCUGCAACAUCAUCCGGAUAAGAAGUCUUCCGCAGGUGGUAACUUGGACCAAGAUGGUUUUUUCAAGAUCAUUCAAAAGGCUUUUGAAACCUUACUAGACCCAGUUAAAAGAAGACAGUUUGACUCUGUUGAUGAAAGCGCUGAAGUUGCUCCACCAGCUAACAAGUGCACAACAGAAGAAGAAUUCUAUGCUGCGUGGGGCCCUGUUUUUGUUUCUGAAUCCAGAUUCUCUAACAAACAACCUGCUCCACCACUAGGUGACAGCAACAGCACAAAGGAAGAGGUUGAAUCGUUCUACAAGUUUUGGAACAAUCUUGACUCUUGGAGAUCUUUCGAAUGGCUGGACGAAGAUGUUCCAGAUGACACCAGUAACAGAGACCACAAGAGGUACAUCGAAAAGAAGAACAACAACUCUAGAAAGAAGAAGAAGAACGACGACAACAAGAGAUUGUCUGAUCUGGUCAAGAGAGCACAAGCUGAAGACCCAAGAAUCAAGAAGUUUAAGGACGAAGAAAAGGCUGAAAAGGCCAGAAAGAAGUGGGAAAGAGAAGCUGGUUCUAGAAAGGCUGAAGAGGAAGCUAAGGCGAAGGCUGAAGCUGAAGCUAAAGCCAAGGCCGAAGCAGAAGCCCUGGCCAAGGCUGAGAAGGAGAACUCCAAGAAAUCCAAAGAGGCAGCAAAGAGCGCAAAGAAGAAGAACAAGAGAACCAUCAGAGGUGCUGCUAAGGACAACGAGUACUUUGAUGACGCUGGCAAGCAAAGUGCUAUCGAUGCUGACAUCGACUUACUCAUUGAAUCCUUCGAUGACCUUCUGCUCACUGAAGUUGCAAGUAAGUUAAAGGAUGCCAAGGCUGAUGCGGCCAAGCAAAUCCUCAUUGAUGCUGGUGCCAAACAGCUUGCUGCCGGCAAGGUUUCUUCCCUGUCUUACUUCAAAUGA